UUUCAGAACUGUUUCCCUUUUAAUUUGGGUAAAGAGAAACAAAAUAUUAGAUGUGACAGUAUGUAAAUGAAUAGGAGCCAGUGAAUUCCCAUCCUUUAUGACACAGUCCCGCUUUUUUGUAUUGAAGAAGGGCCAACGGUUAACCGUCUCUUUGUUUAUCAUAAUUCUCUAUUUCUCUCCCUGAAACAUUAUGGCAAUCCAAGCCAAGCCCCCUACCCUCUUCUGCCAUCAGUUUCAAUGCUUCCCUUACUCCCCUACUGCUUCUCUAUCACUUCUCUUUGGUGGGUCUUUCACAGCCAGGGCUCGACCUCUCUGUAGAAAGCCUCUCAGAAUUAGCUGUAGCAGAUCAAACGCAGAUGACCCACAAGAUGAUUAUCUGAUUGAUGCCCCUGUUUCAGCUGGCGAUGGCUUUUCUUUUAGUGGAGGAAAAUAUUCAGAUGAGCCAAACCCGUCUGAUGAAUGGUUUAAGCAAGGAAAAUUCGUGAAAGCCUAUCCAGUUGGUGGCACUGGUGAGAAAGCUAAAGAUCCAAUUUUUGGACUAACUAUGGGAGCUGGCUCUCAAGCCUCAGGUGAUGUUUUCAGAUGGUUUUGCGUGGAAAGUGGAAAUGCUGAUAAUCCUACCGUUAUUUUGAUUCAUGGUUUCCCAUCACAGGCAUACUCCUAUCGCAAAGUCCUCCCUGUUCUCUCCAAGAAUUAUCAUGCUAUAGCUUUUGAUUGGCUAGGUUUUGGAUUUUCAGAUAAGCCUCAACCAAGAUAUGGGUUUGACUACACAUUGGGUGAAUAUGUCUCGGCAUUGGAGUCCUUUGUUAACGAAGUUGCUGCCAAUAAAGUAUCACUUGUUGUCCAGGGUUAUUUUUCACCAGUAGUUGUUAAAUACGCCAGCAAUCAUCAGGAAAAGCUUAAUGAUCUAAUUCUCCUCAAUCCUCCUCUAACAGCCAAACAUGCCAACCUUCCUUCGACAUUAUCCAUAUUCAGCAACUUUUUGUUGGGUGAAAUCUUUUCUCAGGAUCCUUUGAGGGCCAGCGAUAAGGCACUGACAAGCUGUGGCCCUUAUGCAAUGAAAGAGGAUGAUGCAAUGGUUUAUAGAAGACCUUAUCUUACAUCUGGUUCCUCAGGGUUUGCCCUAAAUGCAAUUAGUAGGGCCAUGAAAAAAGAGCUUAAGGCCUAUGUGGAAGAUAUGAGAGUGAUUCUUACGGAUAAAAAUUGGAAAGUUCGAACUACAGUCUGUUGGGGACAGAGGGACCGUUGGCUGAGCUAUGAUGAAGUAGAAGAUUUCUGCAAAAAUUCAAACCAUAAACUGGUUGAGCUUCCAAUGACAGGGCAUCAUGUACAGGAGGAUAGUGGUGAAGAACUUGGAGGAAUCAUUUCUGGAGUUAUCAGCCGAAGGAUCCUCCCCUGACGCGUAACGAUUGUUUUACAGCUAUUGAUAUACUCGAAACAUUUAUUCCUGCUUCGUCCAUGAGAGCAAUUUUUGGAGGCUUAUGUAUAUUCAAGCUUGCAUUGCAAGAAAGAUAUGAAUGAGCUGUGUUCACGUUCUUAUGACAAACCAAUUAUUCAUCAGUAGCAGAAUCAUUAGCAUAUAUACCUACUGUUAUUGGCGACCAUAUAUUAUAUAGGUCCUAUU